GAAUCGGUCGAGCUUUUGCAGACACCCUUAUCCAACAUGGCUGCUUUGUGAUCGUCGUCGGUCGACGACAGGAACAUCUCGACGCGUUCGUCGAAGAACACGGUGUAGAGAAAGCCGCAUCCUUUCAGUUUGACAUUAACAGGCUCGAUGCGAUUCCAAGCUUUGCGAAAAGUGUGACCUCGUCUCAUCCGGACCUGGACUGUGUCUUCGUCAACUCGGGCAUCCAACGUCGUUCUUUUUUUAGCGAGCCAGGAAGUAUUGAUAUCAAUGACAUUCAGAUGGAGAUGACGGUCAACUAUGUCUCCUACGUUGCGCUAGCGAAAGAGUUCUUACCGUUUCUUCUUGCCAAAGAUGCUACACCGACUUCACUCAUAUUCACUUCAUCCAAUCUUGCACUGGUUCCCAUUCUCCGUUGCUCCAACUACUGCGCUUCUAAGGCCGCACUGCAUCAGUGGAUCCUCUGUCUGCGGGAGCAGCUUAAGGGUACAAGUAUCAAGGUCAUCGAAAUCUUUCCACCCAUUGUGCAUACCGAGCUCCACGAUGAGAAGCACCAACCUGACAUGGCGGAGAUGGUUCGUGGACGCUCCUUUGGUAUGCCUGUCGAGCAGUUUACGCAAGAGGCGAUGCAAAGGCUCCUUGCCGGAGAUGACCAGAUACCAGUAGGGUUGUCUAACAUCGCCUUUAAUAGCUGGGAACAGCAACGCCAAGCGGCCUUCAGACAUGUGGUCGAGAUGAUGAGAAAAGCGGCCACAUGCUAUCGCUCUGCACCCAGCGCGUCCUUCUGGUCCUGGCAGAGAAGGGAGUCAAGAUUUGAAUUCGUGCCUAGCGAUUUCAUGAAAGGAGCACAUAAGCUGCCUGCCUACACUGAAAAGCAUCCUUUCGGGUUGAUUCCCUUGCUUGAAGACGGCACCUUUAGGGUCUUUGAGUCGAGGGCUAUCGCUCGCUAUAUUGCUACCAAGUUCCAGAAUCAGGGAACCCCUUUGACCCCUGCCGCUGGAGACCUUCAAGCUUGGGCACUAUUCGAUCAAUGGGCUUCGGUUGAGCAGAACAACUUCUACUGCUAUGUAGAACAAAUCCUGACGCAGAAGAUGUGGAACCAGUACCGGGGUCUUCCUACCAUCGACGCAAUCUUAGACGAUAACUAG